AUGUCGACGCGGGACCUGCAGCUCCGCACGAUCGAGCUGCUGGAGAAGAUUGCGCGCUCGCAGAGGGUUCUCGAGAGGCGCGUCGACGCCGUGGAGAAGAUGGUGCUCGCGCACCCGCCACCAAUAUCAUCAUCGGAAGAAGAAGAGACGAGUAGCAAUUUCCCGCAGUUCAGACGGCUCCCGCCGGAGAUCAGGCACCGCAUCUGGGAGCUCGCGAUACCCGUCAGGGCGCUGCGGCUGAGGCGGGGCUGGGGCGGGUUCAUUCCGACCCUGCGGCCUCCCGCCGUCGCGGAGGCGUGCCGCGAGGGGAGGGCUGUCGCGACGGCGCACGGGGGCGGUAUGGUCUCGGUCACCGCGUGCGGGAAGGGCGAGGCGGAGAGGCGGUGCUGGAGCUGGUUCGACGGGCGGCGGGAUGCGCUUGAGCUGGAGAGAUGGGUUAGUCUGGAGCGGGACGAGCCGAAGGGCGUGAGGGAGCUUGUGGCCAGGGCGAGGCAUGUGCUUGCGCCGAGGGCGGACGCGACGUGGUUUAAGAGGUUGUUUGAGGAGGCGGUGGGGUUGAGGAGGGUUGGCCUCAAGUUCGACACGACUGUGGCGAGCCGGUGCGCGUGGGAUGCGAAUGUGGUGAGGGGGGUGUUUGGGAGCGUUGAUACCGUUGCGAUUCUGGAUUUGGAGGAUGCUGGGGAUAUUGGGAGGUUCAAGGGGGCGUUGGGGGAGCAUUGGCGGUGUCCUUUCUUUUGCGAGUUUGAUAUUGAGGGGUGGGCGAGGGAGAAGAAGACGGCGACGGCAGUGGAAGAGAGGGGAGAGAAGUGGAUGAGGGGGUUAGAAGGGAGCUGGAUGAGUGAAGUUGCGAGGGGGUGGGUUAUGGCGAAGACAAAGACGGGACCAAAAGAUGGUAUCGAUGUCGAAGACGAAGAGGUGAGAAGGGCAUUGAGCUGCAUGCCUGACGUCAGGCUUGUGAGGGCAUACUUGCUGGCUGAUGUACACGGCUCAAGAUGA